AUGGUGAUGGGCUCCAGCCCACCACCCUCCAAGACCCCAUCCACACGGGCGCAGGCGGUGCUUCACCUCGGCUUCGUGCUCAUCAUGGUGGAUGAUGUGGAGGAAGUCCACGCUGCUGUUCUGCCAAUGAUCUGCAACUUCCGGUCAUCAAUAUGUCAGGCCCUGGUCCUGGAGAUUGGGGAAACUGUACAGAUUCUGGAGAAGAGUGAAGGUUGGUACAGAGGCUUUUCCUCCAAGAAGCCUUCUAUCAAGGGGAUUUUCCCAGUCAGCUAUGUCCACUUGAAGAAAUCCACAGUGACCAACAGAGGGUUGUGUGAGACGGUGGUGCCCCUCGAGGACCCUAUCAUCACAGAGACCACCUCCACACUGCAGGAAUGGGGGGUCUUGUGGAAGCAGCUCUACGUGAAACACAAGGUGGAUCUGUUCCAUAAGCUCCGUCAUGUGAUGAACGAGCUCAUCGACCUGCGUCGGCAGCUGAUCCAGGGUCAUCUCGCCCAGGACCAGACUCGUGAGAUCAAGCGGCACAUCACUGUGCGGCUUGACUGGGGCAACGAGCACCUUGGUUUAGACCUUGUUCCCAGAAAGGAGUUUGAAAUGGUGGAUCCAGAUCAGAUCAGCGUAUCUGAACUACACAAACUGCACGUAUCCAGCAGACACUGUGGUCAGCAAAGCACAAAUCAGGGUGACAGCACGAGACAGCGCCAUGGUGACGGUUGCCGUGUCCCUGUGUCGCACCACCUCUUCAUCAAUCUGAAGAGCUUCACUUACAACAGCAUCAGUGAGGACGCAGACGUCUUCUUCUCUCUGUACGACACUCGCGAGGCCAAACAGAUCAGUGAGAAGUUUAUGGUGAAACUGAACAAAAAUGGAGGACCAAAGAAUCCAGAGAAGGUUGAUCGUCUGUGUGCUCUCUUCACGGACCUGAGUAGUAAAGAUUUGAAGAGGGACCUGUACAUCGUUGCACACGUCAUAAGAACUGGUCGUAUGCUGCUGAACGACUCAAAGAAAGGCCCCCCUCAUGUGCAGUACAGGCGACCUUAUGGCUGCGCUGUUCUCGCCAUGAGUGAUGUUUUCCACACCAUCACAGACCUCAAAGAGGAGAAGGACUUUGUGCUCAAAGUUUAUACGUGUAACAAUGAGAACGAGUGGUACCAGAUACACGAGAACAUCAUACGCAAGUCCAACACCAAGUACUCAGCUCCCAGCACCAACUAUGGCCUCAUCAUUUCCCUGCAGCUUCUGCGGGGCGAGCUGGAGCAGAUCAGACGAGAGAACCAGGCUGUGUUCAGCAGGGCCCUGGCACUCACACGCAAACUAGGUUUCCCAGAUGUCAUCCUGCCAGGAGACACACGCAAUGACCUCUAUCUGACCCUUGAGCGUGGCGAGUUUGAAAGAGGCGGCAAGAGCGUCCAGAAGAACAUCGAAGUCACGCUCUACGUGCUCUAUGCUGACGGGGACACGCUCAAAGACUGCAUCAGUUUGGGCAGCGGGGAGCCCAGCAACAGCGAAUAUCGCUCCUUUGUCCUUUACCACAACAACAGCCCUCGCUGGAGCGAGAUGGUCAAGCUGCCCAUUCCCAUAGAUCGUUUCAGAGGGUCCCACCUACGCUUCGAGUUCCGACACUGCUCCACUAAAGACAAAGGGGAGAAAAAACUGUUUGGUUUUGCCUUCACGCCUCUGAUGAGAGAAGAUGGGACCACGCUGUCAGAUGAGAGCCAUGAGCUGUAUGUGUACAAGUGUGAUGAAAACGCCACCUUCAGUAACCAGGGUCUGUAUCUGAGCCUGCCCUGCUGUAAGGAGGACUUCAACAGUUGCCCCAACCUGCCGGCCAACCUGCCCUUCCAGAGAAGCCCCAAAGAGGCCCUCUGGGUGUCCACGAUACUCUGCUCCACCAAACUCACACAAAACGUCGACCUUUUGGCACUUCUGAACUGGAAGGCUCAUCCGGACAGGGUGUUGGACAUCCUCGGUCGACUGCGUCAGAUCAGCGGCGAGGAGAUUGUCAAGUUCUUGCGAGAUGUCCUGGACACACUCUUCUGUCUUUUAGAUGACAACACAGAUAAAUACGGGCCGCUGGUUUUCCAGUCACUGGUGUUCAUCAUCAACUUACUCAGGGAUAGCCGUUUCUACCACUUCAGACCUGUCAUGGACUCCUACAUCCAAAACCAUUUUGCUGGAGCUUUGGCAUACAAAGAGCUGAUUCGAUGUCUGAAGUGGUACAUGGACCGCUCGGCCGAGGUCGUCCGACAGGACCACAUCCAGGAAGCCAUGAGGGCUCUGGAGUACCUGUUCAAGUUCAUCGUCCAGUCUCGUAUCCUGUACUCGAGGGCGACCUGCGGGAUGGAGGAGGAGCAGUUCAGAGCGAGCAUCCAAGAGCUCUUCCAGUCGAUUCGCUUCGUCCUGAGUCUUGACAGCCGCAGCUCAGAGAACCUGGUGUUCACGCAGUUUAGGGGUGUGACCAGCUGCAUGCCUGUCUGUGGUCACGCUAAAGGGCUCUCGUCCAUCUCAGCAGCUCUGUUGAACAGUUUCCCUGAUAUCUUUGAUGAGCUGCUGCAGAUGUUCACUGUUCAGGAGGUGGCUGAAUAUGUCAGGGGCACCCUGGGGAGCAUGCCCAGCACAGUGGACAUUGGCCAGUCUAUGGAUGUAGUCAAACUGCAGUCCAUAGCUCGUACAGUCGAGAGCCGCCUCUUCUUCUUCCCCGAGUCUCGUAGUAUUUUGCUGCCGGUGGUUCUGCAUCAUAUCCACCUGCAUCUGCGCCAGCAGAGGGAGCUGCUCAUCUGUUCUGGUAUCCUCGGCAGCAUCUUUUCUAUAAUCAAGACCAGCUCUAUGGACUCUUCGGUUCAGGAGGAAGUGGAGAUGAUGGUGGAGAGCCUCCUGGACGUGCUGCUGCAGACUCUGCUGUCCAUCAUGAGCAAGUCUCACUCUGUGGAGACGUCCAGAGGACAACGCUGUCCGCAGUGCACCGCCGAGAUAACUGGGGAGUAUGUUUCCUGUCUUCUCUCUCUGCUCCGACAAAUGACAGAGAUCCACUUUCACCAUCUACUGAACAACUUCCACAGCAAGGAGGAGCUGAAGGAGUUCCUGUUGAAGAUCUUCUGUGUGUUUCGCAAUCUGAUGAAACUGACUAUCUUCCCCCGAGACUGGAGCGUCAUGAGGCUUCUAACUAGUCACAUCAUCGUAGUGACAACACAGUUCCUGUCUCCGGCACUCCACAAGAACUUCUCAGAGGCCGAUUUUGAUUUCAAGGUGUGGAACUCCUUCUUCAGUCUCACUGUGCUGUACAUCAACCAGCCCAGUCUGCAGCUGGAGGCACUCGGCCCCGCUAAGAGAAAGAAAGUCCUCGACAAGCAUGGAGACAUGAGAGUGAUGAUGGCGUAUGAGCUCUUCAGCAUGUGGCAAAAAUUAGGUGACAAUAAGCCCCACUUCAUCCCGGGAAUGAUGGGCCCCUUCCUGGGAGUCACCCUCGUCCCUCAAACUGAGGUUCGAAAUAUCAUGAUCCCAAUUUUCCACGACAUGAUGGACUGGGAGCAGAGGAAAAAUGGCAACUUCAAACAGGUGGAAGCGGAGCUGAUGGAUAAGCUGGACAGCAUGGUGUCAGAUGGGAAAGGCGAUGAUAACCACAGAGAGCUCUUCAGCCUUUUGACCCAGCUUUUCGGUCCUUAUCCAAGCCUGCUGGAGAAGAUAGAGCAGGAGACCUGGAGAGAGACGGGGAUCUCAUUCGUCACAUCAGUCACGAGACUUGUCGAGCGAUUACUGGAUUACAGGGACUGCAUGAAAGGAGAUGAGAUGGAGAACAAGAAAAUUGGUGGCUCCGUCAACCUUAUGAACUUCUACAAAUCGGAGGUGAACAAGGAGGACAUGUACAUCCGCUACAUCCACAAGCUGUGUGACCUGCAUCUUCAAGCAGAGGACUUCACAGAGGCAGCGUUCACCCUGCUGUUGUACUGGGAGCUGCUGCAGUGGGAGGACCGGCCCCUGAGGGAUUUCCUCCACUACCCCUGUCAGAGCGAGUGGCAGCGCAAGGAGAACCUGAGUCGUAAAAUCCUCCACUACUUCAACAAGGGGAAGUGCUGGGAAUAUGGAAUCUCUCUCUGCCGGGAGCUCGCUUUCCAGUAUGAGACUUUAUAUGAUUAUCAGAGCCUCAGCUGGAUUCGGAAAAUGGAGGCAGCCUACUAUGACAACAUCAUCGAACAGCAGAGGAUUGAACCUGAGUUUUUCCGAAUGGGUUUCUAUGGCAGGAAGUUUCCUUUCUUCCUCAGGAAUAAGGAGUUUGUCUGUCGUGGUUAUGACUAUGAACGGCUCGAGGACUUCCAGCAAAGGAUGCUGGGGGAGUUCCCACAAGCCAUUGCCAUGCAGCAUCCCAACCAACCCGACGACACCAUCCUGCAGAGCGAUGCUCAGUAUUUGCAGAUCUACGCGGUCACUCCAGUGUCAGACAUCUCUGAUGUGCCUCAGAUGGAGCGUGUGCCGGAGAGGAUCAAGAGCUUCUACCGCAUAAACAAUGUCUGUCGUUUUCACUACGACAGACCUUUCCACAAGGGGCCCAAGGACCGUGAGAAUGAAUUCAGGAGUCUGUGGAUUGAGAGAACCACCCUGAUUCUCUCUCGUCCUCUGCCUGGGAUCUCCCGCUGGGCGGAGGUGGAAAGGAGAGAAGUGGUGGAGGUGAGCCCUCUGGAGAACGCCAUUUAUGUGGUUGAGAAUAAGACCCAGGAGCUGCGGACUCUGAUCAGCCAGUACCAACACAGGCAGCAUCAUGGCAACAUCAACCCGCUCAGCAUGUGCCUCAAUGGGGUCAUAGAUGCCGCCGUGAAUGGAGGCAUCGCCAGAUAUCAGGAGGCCUUCUUUGACAAAGAUUACAUCAGCAGUCACCCAGAGGACACGGAGAGGAUCACACAUCUGAAGGAUCUGAUGCAGGAGCAGGUGCACAUUCUUGGAGUGGGACUGGCGGUUCACGAGAAGCUGGUGCAUCCUGAAAUGCGUCCCCUGCACAAGAAGCUGGUAGAUCAGUUCCACAUGAUGAGGACAGGUUUACACCAUUAUAUGGUUGGGUCCCAGCAGGGUGUGCCCAGCGUGGAUCGGUUUGGCCCCGCAGGCUGUCAAGGGGUCAACUCUUCUCGAGGCAUCCUCUCCUCCCACAGCCACAUGAGCCCUGAGAGCGUGCGUCUCAUACACAGACACAGCCCUCUGAACCUCCAGGGUUCCAUCCGUCACUCGUCGUCCUCCCUGUCGUCUCACACGUCCAGUGAGGCAGGAAACCUCGUCAUAAUGACUGACGGCCUGAUGGGGGAGCACCCAGAGGACGCGCUACACAUGCAGCCGAGCCCCUCCUCCUCCAGCCUGAGCUCAAUCCGCUCCAACUCUUCUCAGAUUAUUAACUCCGCUCCCUCGAGUGCCAGAGGAUCUCCAUCUUUACCUGAUAAGGCCAAACACAACCGAGAGGUAAUGAUACUGUUGCCGUCUCAUCGUGAGAGGGUCAACAACUCCAUGUACUUCAACAUGGCAGAGAACGGACAGAACAACCACAUGCAGCGUGCCUUACUUCAGCAAGUCAGCCCCUGUAAGCCGUGUGCUGAUCCUCACAUGAACCUGCCAGAGAAAGUCUUUCCCAGUGCUCCCAGCAGCUGGAGUCUAGAUGGAGAGAACAGGGAGCAGAUGUCCUACAUGCCAGCCUCUGCUGGAGGGGUAAUCAUGCCCCCUGUCCCACCCAGGUCCUUCCCACCAGGACACUUCCUGAUGCACUGUGAUGCGUACCACCACCAGAACAGCGACCCUCCCCCCGCCCUGCCUGUCCGUUCCCUUCGAAAGUCUCCUCUGCACCCGAUCCCCGGCUCCCCCACCAGUCCUCAGUCAGCUCUGGGGGGGAGUAACUCCACUCUGUCAGGCAGCGCCAGCAGCGGUGUUUCCUCCCUGAGCGAGAGUAACUACGGAGGUCAGUAUCCAGACCCAGGUCCGAUCAGGAACGAUGCCUUGGAGCCUCUUCCCAGCCACCUGUGGUCCCCACCUGACGAGUACCUGGCCUCUCCCUACCUGCACAUCCACUACGGCGGGCCAGAAAUCGACUCCGUUGACCCGGUCCGCCCCUUCCAUUACCGCAGCCCUGCCUCUCACCCGCACACCCAUCCACACCCUCACGCUCAUGCCCACCCGGGGCUGGACAGCCAUUCCCACGGGCCGCCGCCUCACCACCACGCUCCAACCCACGGCCCUCACCACAUCCCUUACCGCAGGCCUCAGCCUCCAGCUGUGCCGCCCAAACCCUACCUGAGAGAGGGCUGCAUCCCAGAGGAGGAGCUGCCCCCUCAGCCCAUCCCGCUGCCCCGCAGGAUCUUCCACUCGCCUCACGGCCACAGAGAGGACCAGGGCAAACACGCCUGGGAGCAGUGCAUCAGCGAGGAGCACGAGGAGACGCAGUGAUGAGGAGGCUCCAGUUUUAUUUCAGUCAGAGCUUUUUCCUCCCUGUCUUUUUUUCCUUUCAUCUGCACUGAGUUAAAGGAGCAGUUACAGAAAAGAGUCCGGCAUGAAUCUUAUGUGUUCGGUCGGUCAACACUUCUCGCUCUCUGCUUUAAUUCCAGUGCACGUGAAAGAAAAAAAACAAAAGAGCGAACCUCGAUGAAUCCACAGUUUGAGGCACAACUGCAGUCACUGCUCCGUGUGGUCUCUUAGAAAUGAUUUGAAGAAAAUGAUCAGUUGAACGAGACAGAUUAACUUUGUUCAAACAUUGAUAUUGAUUGUACACGACUGUACAACUCGUCUGUGAGCAUGUUUUUUUUUUCAUUUGAGAAUAAUACAGCAACAGUUUUGUGAAAUAUGAUGAUCAGAGUCAACAUGAUCCCAGGUGCAGUAUAAGCUCUGAACUCCCUUGAUUUUUUGCUUUUCAUGUCAUUUUCACGACAGGUUAUUAUUCACAGUGAAGUGACUCCUCUGCUUUAAAUGCUUCAUAUAUACGAAUUCUUAUUUUGAUAAAUUUGCUACAUUAUAGUGUUUUCAAAGGCUUAAGUCCAUUAUGUUUUUCAAAACACUGUUAAGUGCUCCUUAAUAGUGAAUCAUAUCAAAUGGCGCACUGUAAUACGUGUUGCUGCUGUGCUGUCAUAUACAGCAGGUCUCUACGGUUGGACUCUCUCCUCACGGACCGGCUUCUCAAGGGAUACGAACUUCAGUCGACAGCAGACUGACGAUUUCCUGUCCGUACCGCGCGUACGGAAACCUACGUGAAUGUAUUCAGAUGAGAUGUUCUAUUCAUAUUGCACAAGCUGCAAUCCUGGUUUUCAGUUAAGUGCUUUAAGUUGAGUCUAUGUUGAAGAAGUCUCUAUUUGUCUAUUUUGUGCGACGAAGAUAUCUUGAGGGGGAUUGAGAGCGUCAAGGCGGACUGAUGGGGAUUGUAGGACAAUGACAGGCAGGUCCUACGAGGACCCCCCACUUCACACCUCGACCUGCUGGACACUAACACCAGUACCGUUCUCUCUCUCUCUCUCUCUCUUCAUUUCCCUCCCAUCUUUUCCUUCUCUGUAUGGUUGUCAGACCAUGCUAAGCAGUGAGGGCUGAGCCUGGACAGUUGCACUGGCAUCUGAUGACACUGUCUAGACCCUCUCCUGCUGAGUGGCCGGUGGAGGGGCCCACUCAGACAGCGUUGGAAUUGCCUACCUGCCUUAAGUGCACUCAAAUGCAGUUUGACCCCCUCAUCCAGACUGUGAGAAGUUCAUUUGGCGAUGGCCUGCUCUCCUUCUCAUUCUGUCCACUGUACCUCCUGAAGGGGAAAAAAAGAUAUCUACCUACAGUAGUGAUGUUUUCGUAUGGUUUCAUCCCGCUUUGGUUUCAGAUUGUCGUUUGGUUUGUUGCGCUAAUAUUUCUUAUUCUGCCUGCGGCUCUUUCUCGAUGUGUGAAAAUUGAUGACGUGUUUAAGAAGAUCGUUGAGGUCCAGACUCAGAGGGAGGUUUACGUUGCGUGGAGCAGAGGAACAGCGCUGUUUAUUGAGUUGUAGUGAUGUUGGAAGGAUAUAGCUAAUAUUUUAACAAUUACUUGUUUUCCUGGUUGUUUUUUUUUGCAGGUGGAUGCUUUGUGUUACUGUACAUCAAGUUGUCAGCUGACUAGACAACAUCUAUUUUUGUAUGUGAGAUCAUCAGUUGUGUGAACCUAUUUCAGACCGAGACAGAAGGCCCAGCUACUGCAGCUGUACUUUGUAUGGAGGUGAACCUGAGGUUAGAUAUAUACAUUAUGUGAGUUUCUCUUGUGAGCUUGACGGCACUGAGGAUAACUGGUGACUGAAGUGAUGCUCAAAAUAUGCGUACAAUAGAGUUUUCAAUGUAAAUUCUGUUAUUGUACAUACGGCAGUAUUGUGAAAUAUUUUUGAGAAUUAUUGCAGACACCCCAAAAAGGUUUAUCAUUGUUUUGUGUAUAUACAUGUACUCCAGAGAUCAAUGUAAUUGAUAAAUAUCUAUAAUCAGUGUUUGAAAAAGGACAAAUCCAUUAGACUAUGGCUGUCUCCACCGUUCUUGACUUUGAGUCUUCUCAUAUAAAUACUUUAUACACUUUUCAAUGUGCUUUCCUGUACAUAUGGUGUUAGCAUGAUCAAACAGUGUUUGGUUGUAAAAGUGGUUUUCCUACUCCCAUAACUGCUGUGGUAUGGAAUUCAUUAAC